GCCCCCGCCCGCCGUCCCCCGGCCUGGGGCCGCCGGGGCUGUGGGCGCGGAUGUGGCAGCUGGAGGCGGAGCUGCGGGAGCAGGAGGUGUCGGAGAGCUCCUCGCGCGGCUACUGCCGGAGCUUCUGUCAGACGCUGUUGCAGUACGCGGGCAACAGGACUACGUCCGAGCACGUGGGGCCGCCGCUGCUGGAAGUGUAUCGACUGGCCAUCCAGAGCUUCGCCAGCGCCCGGCCUUUUCUGACCACCGAGUGCGAAGAUGUCCUCCUGGUGCUCGGCAGGCUGGUUCUAAGUUGCUUUGAGCUGCUGCUCUCGGUGCCGGAGAGUGACCUGCCCAGUGAAGUGUGGGUGCCCUUCCACCAGACCAUCCAGGACUCCCAUGAUGCCUUGCUGGAAUUCGGGAAUAACAACCUCCAGGUUUUGGUGGACAUCACCAAAGAAGGCGUGUGGAAGAACCCAACCCUUCUGAAAGUCCUUUCUCAGCAGCCGGUAGACCCGGAGGACGCCAGUAGGUGGAUGGCGCUAGAAGGCCCGUUCUUCCUGCAGAUGCGAAUCAAGCACUUGCUCAAGUCCAACUGCAUCCCCCAGGCAACCGCCCUGUCCAGGCUGUGCGCCGAGGCCCAGGACUUCGCUGGCACGGCCUCUUUCCGCCUGGCCUACAUCACCUGUCUGUGCUCCCUGCUCCCCAGCGAAGAGGCCAUCAAGGAGAUUGCAAAGUUGGACUGCAAGGAAGUACUAGACAUCACAUGUAAUCUGGAGUCUGAGGGUCAGGAUAACACAGCAUUUAUUCUUUGUACGACUUACCUUACGCAGCAGCUGCAAACUGCAAGUGUGUAUUGCUCUUGGGAGCUGACUCUGUUUUGGAGUAAGCUGCAGAGAAGGAUCGAUCCUUCUUUAGACACGUUCUUGGAACGGUGUCGUCAGUUUGGGGUCAUCGCCAAGACCCAGCAGCACCUCUUCUGCCUGAUCAGGGUCGCCCAGGCUGAGGCAGAAGGAGCCGGGCUGGGCGUGUCCGUGCUGCUCUGCGUGCGGGCCCUCCAGAUCCGGACCGGCGAGGACGACGAGAUGAAGGCGUCGGUGUGCAAGACCAUCAGCUGUCUCCUGCCCGACGACCUGGAGGUGCGGCGGGCCUGCCAGCUGACCGAGUUCCUCCUGGAGCCCAGCCCGGAGGGCUUCGGCCUGCUGGAGGAGCUGUACCUGCAGCCCGACCAGAAGUUCGACGAGGAGAACGCCCCCGUCCCCAACUCCCUGCGCUGCGAGCUGCUGCUGGCCCUCAAGGCCCACUGGCCCUUCGACCCCGAGUUCUGGGACUGGAAGACCCUGAAGCGCCACUGCCACCAGCUGCUGGGCCAGGCGGCCUCAGACUCGGACGGCGACCUGAGCGGCUACGAGCUGUCCCUGCACGAGACGGACGUCCUGGAGUCGUUCCUCAGCGACUACGAGGAGGCCAAGGAGGACAGGGGCUUCCGGAGGCCGGACGCGGCGGAGCCGCUCAAGGAGAAGCCGCGGGACAAGAAGCCCAUCGGCUCAUCAGAGCGCUAUCAGCGGUGGCUGCAGUACAAGUUCUUCUGCGCGCUGUGCAAGCGGGAGUGCAUCGAAGCCCGCAUCCUGCACCACUCCAAGAUGCACAUGGAGGACGGCGUCUACACCUGCCCCGUCUGCCUGCGCAAGUUCAAGAAGAAGGAGUUCUUCGUGCCCCACGUGAUGGAGCACGUCAAGAUGCCCCCCAGCCGGCGGGACCGGCCGAAGAAGAAGCUGCUGGUGAAGAGGGAGCAGCCCGCCAAGGCCCUGGCGCCCCCCGACCCGGACCCCCAGCCGCCCAGCGUCGCCGGGGGGGAGCCGGAGGCGGAGGGGGCCGCCGGGGACCCCCACGAGUACGUCACCUUCCGCAACCUGGAGGCCUGCCGGCUGCAGGACCGCGACCUGUACCCGUGCCCGGGCACCGACUGCUCGCGGGUCUUCAAGCAGUUCAAGUACCUGAGCGUGCACCUGAAGGCCGAGCACCAGAACGACGACGCCAACGCCCGGCACUACCUGGACAUGAAGAACCGGCGGGAGAAGUGCGCCUUCUGCCGCCGCCACUUCAUGACAGCCUUCCACCUGCGGCAGCACGAGCAGGUGCACCGCGGGCCGCAGCCCUACCUCUGCGUCUCCAUCGGCUGCUCGGCCCGCUUCUCCUCGGUCAACGAGCUCCUGCACCACAAGCAGAAGCAUGACGACCUGCGCUACCGCUGCGAGCUGCGGGGCUGCGGCGUCGUCUCCAGCGACCUGGGCCAGCUCUACCACCACGAGGCCCAGCACUUCCGGGACGCCUCCUACACCUGCACCGUCGCCGGCUGCAAGAAGUUCUACUACUCCAAGGCCGAGUUCCGGGACCACCUCUUGGCCCACGCCGCCCCCGCCCCGCCCGCCGGGCUCUCCAACGGCGGGCCCGCGUCCCCGGCCGCGGGGCCGGGGGAGGACCGCUCGCCGCCGGGCUGCCCGGGGGAGCCGCGCCCCCCCGAGGACCCGCCGUCGGGCGAGGGGGCGGCCGGCGCCCCGCCGGAGCCCGGGGAGGCCGCCGCCGGCGACCCGGCCAAGGACCCCGGCGACAGCGGCUCCAGCGGCCGGCUGAGCCCCAGCUCGUCCACCUCCGGCAACGAAGGGGACCCGGACCCCUCCCCGUCGGAGGGGGGCGCAGCCGUGUGCUUCGACGGGAAGAGGUUCACCUGUGGCCUGGCGGGCUGCGGCUCGGCGUACAAGAACGCCCGCGGGAUGCAGCGCCAUCUCCGCAAGGCCCACCCUUACCACUUCAAACCCAAGAAGCGGCCGGGCGGGAGGCCGGGAGACCCCCCUCAGAUCCUCGACCCCUGCCGGGCAGCCGGGCCGCCGGAUGCCCAGCGGGCCUGCUCCGACAGCGGCAGCGAGUCCCCGGACGAGAGCCCGGAGCGGCCCGCCCCCUCGGCCCGGCGGGUCGGGCCGGGGAGCUGCCGCCCGGGGCCCGAGGACGCCAUGUUGGAGCUCCUGCUGGGCCUGAAGCACCUCAGUCUGCAGAACGCCGCCUCGCGCCUCCCGGAGCCUCCGGCCGAGCCGGGGGCGCCGCCGGCCUCCCCUGGCAGCGCCGCCGAGGCGGGGCGGCCAGACGGCCCGGGCGGGGAGGCCGUGUCCAGCCAGUACCUGGCCCAGUUGGCGGCCAAGCCCUUCUUCUGCGAGUUGCAGGGCUGCAAGUUCGAGUUCGUGACCCGGGAGGCCCUGCUGAUGCAUUACGUCCGGAAGCACGACUACUCCAGGGAGCAGGUCCUCCAGCUGAGCAUGUUCCAGCACCGCUACUCCCCCUUCCAGUGCCACAUCUGCCAAAGAUCCUUUACCCGGAAGACCCACCUGCGCAUCCACUACAAGAACAAGCACCAGAUCAGCAGCGACCGGACCCCCCACAAGCUGUUCGGCAAGAAGAAGGUGGUCCAGGCCGGCUCGGUCCCCGGCGGGAGGUUGAAAGGCCGAGCCCCCGGGCCGGUGGCCUUCUGCCCCAACGGGGCCGACCGGGGCGGCUCGGAAACGGACCCGGAGUCCUCCGGCGAGGAGCCCGGGGGCGCCCCGCGGGAGGGCCGGGGCAGCCGCCGGACGGUGGCCCGGGGAAACCUGUGCUACGUCCUCAGCAAGAUCCAGAAGCCGUUCCGCUGCAUCCACAAGAGCUGCACCUCGGCCUUCACCAGCCUGAAGGGCCUGAUUCGCCACUACCGCACCGUGCACCGGUACAGCCGCGAGCAGGUGUGCCUGGAGAAGGACAAGGCCCGGCGCAAGAGGGAGCUGGUCAAGUUCAAGAAGGUCUUCGUCUGCAAGUUCAAGGAGUGCAGCAAGCGCUUCUUGGGCGCCAAGGCCCUCGCCAAGCACUGCAGCGACUGCCACCACCUGGACCAGCUGGAGGGGCCCGAGCCCGAGGGCGCCCCACGCCUCCCCUGCGGCCAGCCCCAGUGCCCGGCCGCCUGCCACUCUCCCGGCAAGCUGCGGCAGCACCGGACCGAGCAGCGCGGCACCGGCGGGCCCGACUGGGAGAUCCACUGCGACCUGGACGGCUGCGGCCGCGUCUUCUCCCACCGCAGCGGCUACUCGCAGCACGUCUUCUUCCGCCACAGGGACUUCUACGAUGGCCUCUUCCGCAGCCCCAAGGCAGAGCCGGGGGGCCUCCCCGGUUCCGAGACCCAACCGGGCUUCCCGGGCGAGGACCCCGAGGGCGGGCCGAGGCCGCCGGGGGCCAGGAGCCGCAAGUGCGGGUUGGUCAGAGAGAAGCAGCCCAUGGCCUUCAAGACCAGGGAGGAGGCCCUGGGCAUGUGCCUGGAGCAGGCGGAGCACACGCAGUACCCGUGCAUGGUGCGGGGCUGCCUGUCAGUGGUCAAGCUGGAGAGCAGCAUCGUCCGGCACUACAAGCGCACCCACCAGAUGAGCUGUGCCUACCUGGAGCAGGAGCUGCAGAGGCUGGUGCUCUGCGUGGAGUACGGCACGAGGCUGACGCCCCCGUCCCCUUUGGACCCGGACCCGGGGGCCGGGGGCCGGGACGGUGAGGAGGAGGAGGGGGAGGGCGGCAAAGAGGAGGACGAGGAAGAGGACGACGACGACGAGGAGGGCGAUGAAGAGGAGGAGGAUGACGACGACGGGGAGGAACCGGGAGGGGAAGAGGAGGAGGAGGAAGCGGCGGCGGCGGCGACAGUGACAGAUGAAAGCAGAGACUGUGCAGCGGGAAGGACCGGGGUCCCCCGCGUCGCGGCGGGAGGCCAAGCGCCUUCCUUCGCCACCCCGGAGGAGGGGAGCCAGGGGCGGGCAGCGGGCACCCCGCUGCUGGGGGCCGAGACUUUUCUAUACCGGAGCACCAUGGGGGCCGCCCAGAGGGUGGGGGCCCCUGAGCCCAGCCUUUGGAAGGCAGAGCAGUCGGUCCUCGGGGGAGCCCAGAGCCGGGCGGGCUUCACCGACCUCCCUUCGCUCCCGCCUGGCAGGAGGGACCCUGGAGAUUGGCGGCUGAGUGCCGGACCGGACCCCGCGGCCAGAGUCUUAGACCGCGUCCCCAGAGAACCUCUGGUCCGCAAGGCCCCGCCGCCCCGCCCCAUCGACCUGAGGACCUAUAAGCCUAUGGGCUUCGAAUCCUCCUUCCUCAAGUUCAUUCAGGAGAGCGAGGAGAAGGAGGACGAUUGGGAUGAGUGGGAGCCCCCGGAGCCUGGGUCCCCGUCCGGCAGCGGAAGGGCGGAGAGCCCCGGCGCAAGGGCGGAGAGCCCCGGCGGAGGGGCGGGGAGCCCUAGCGGGGCGGCGGGGAGCCCCGGCGCGGCGGCGGGGAGCCCCGGCCUGGCGGCGGGGAGCCCCGGCGCGGCGGCAGGGAGCCCCGGCCUGGCGGCGGGGAGCCCCGGCGCGGCGGCGGGGAGCCCCGGCGCAGCGGCGGGGAGCCCCGGCGCGGCGGCGGGGAGCCCCUGUGCGGCGGCGGGGAGCCCCUGUGCGGCGGCGGGGAGCCCCGACGCGGCGGCGGAGAGCCCCGGAGUAGCCGGGGAAGCCCUCCGCGAUGCCAGCUUACCUCAGGCGCCGGCUGAGCCUGCCCUCGGCGACAGGCCAACCGCUGACUCGCCCGGCGGCCCUUCCCUGCAGGACCUGCAGGCCAUCCUGGACAAGGCCCUGACGGACUGCGGCGAGCUGGCCUUGAAACAGCUGCACUACUUGCGGCCAGUGGUGGUCCUGGAGAGGCCCAAGUUCUCCGCCCCUCUCUUAGACCUGUUCCCUCCCAAGAAGGCCGAUGAGCUGUGUGUUGGGAGCUCCUGAGGGCCCCACCCCCACCCCCAUCCCCUGCCCGGGGCAGGGGACGAGGCUGGAUCCGGUUCCGCUCCGGGGGGGCCCGGCGGUCGGCCCGUGCCCCGCCCGAGCCGCCACCGUCCACCGCCCCCCCUCUGACCCAGAUCGGCCCUGGGAAGCGUGGGCUGUUGGGUUCCUGGGACGGAUGUGAUCUCGGUCGGUGGUAUCGGCCCUGUGCAUUAGCCCCGCCCCCGUUGGUUGGUUUUUGCGUUUGGGUUUCUUUAGUUGGUUUGUUUUUCUCCUUCCUUUUUAAAAGAAAAUUGGAACUGUGGUCUGUUUGGUGCUAAUGAAUACAUCGACAUACUGGGGCUUCCUUUUCCAAUUCCGUGUGCAUGAUUGUAUAUGAAACCGACCCCGUGCGGCGGUCCCAGGGGGAGGGUGGAGGAAGGAGGGGUGGACAGUUCUUACUUGACUUGAAUGUGCGCUUUCAGAGCGCUUCAUGUAAUAUAUUGUACACUACAGCAUCUUCUAUUUUUUGAGUUAUGAGUUUCAAUAAAUUACAAUUUUUCACCCAC